CGAAGCAGCAGCACAGUCGUGUUCAAGAGUUCGCCGUGAUCGCAUCGUUGCUCCCGAGCAAAACCUGUGGAUUGGCUUUUCAGCAAAGUUGCCUCUCAAAUUCUUUUUAAAACAGUUUUACUUAUAAGGAAAUAGUUUCCUAAUACAAAAAUCUAAUCAAGAUGAGUUCGGAUAACCAAAAAAGUGAAGUCGAGGUUGAGAAUGUUGCCGCCGCCGACGAGAAAGCAGAGACCAAGGAAAUCAAGGGAGUUAAGCGGCCCGCUGAUGAAAAAACCACAGAAUCCAAAAAGGUGAAGAAGGAUGAAAAUGGCGCGGGAGAAGAAGAAGAAGACGUUGAUGAUGAAGGCGAGGAAGUGGAAGGAGAAGAUGAAGAGUACGACCUUCCCUAUGGUGAAGAGGAGGAUAUAGAAGCUGAAGAUGAAGAGGAAGAAGAAGGGGAUGAAGUUGAUGGAGAAGAGGAGGAUGAAGACGCGUAAUGAUGAGAUACUAAGUAAGAGUGAGACUAAGUAAAAUAGAAAUAGGUGAUUUAUUAUUUCGAUUUGCGUUAAAUCUGCAAAUAAUAAGUAUAUGCAACCAUGAACAUUGUAAAAUUUGUUUGUGUAUAUAUUUUAAAACAACAAAGGAAAUCCUACCAUAGACAGCAAACAUCCAGGUUUAAGUUUUCGGUUUAAAUUAUCAAACUUAAGGUCCCAGGUUGUCUUAAAUUAGCGAUAUAGUCAACAGUUGCAUGUGUUCCAUGCGCUGUUAGGAAAAGCUAAAACCACCAUCAAUGUCGUCAAUGGACCUGAUAUUCAGUUGAAAAACAUUGAUUUUCAGAUUGCUUACUUCCACUUAAUCUGUUUAAUCACGUGGUUAUAAAUACGUUGCAACGGUCAAGCAAUUCAUACAAAAAUCAAUCUGACGGUACCGUGUUUAUUGUAAUGCAUUCACACAUUUUGGUAAGUGUUAGCAUAAAUAUCUGCAAAACAUGUAUUAGCUCAUAACGAUAGAGAAUUUUGAGCGUCAAAUAAAAAGUCUAAUUAGGAAUCUUUGAAACUACUAUGAUUAAUUUAUUUUAUUGAAGUGCUCCUUAUGGGAGAGUCCAUCAAGCUUCUCUAUUUAUUUUAGUUCUUUAUUUACAUCUAAAUAUAAAAUGUGUAAAGUAACUGAUAGCAUAAACAAGUCAUACAACAUUUCAUUUGCAAACAAAAAUAAACAUAAUCAAAGCAAAUAUACCUGGCCAUUUGUAGUGAUUAAAUAUGCAAUAAUAUACGGUACAAGAUCCCAAACAUGAAUGCUUUACUGGUUUAUUGCAGCGGCAUACGGUUGCAAAAAUGGCCAAAUUUAAACCACAGAGUGCAUUUCCCGUCAGCUUUUUUCAAUUCAACAGAACAUCCAUACAUUUAAGUUUCCAUGUCUGUGUAGUAGAUUUGUUAUAUUCCCAACAAAAUUACAAAUUACAAUACAUAAUAGUAAGUUACAAUAAACAAUUGGUUUGAGACUACAGAAGAACGAAUUAUAAAACACAGGCGAUCAAUAGUAAGCAUACUUUCAUGUAUUACAGAAAUAAACAACAUGUGUUUUUAA